ACAAAUCUCACAUGGGGAUAUCACGCCCCCUCCCCUCACAAUCCGCACUCCAUCCCAAAAGCAAAGCAAUGUCAAAUUGUCCGCAAACAAUGCACUUUCUAUCUUGCUCGUCUGUUGUAGCUGCCCCAUCCAACUCGGUUACAGCGUCUAACCAAUAUGAAUUCCGGUCAAUGUAUUGCUUAAAAGCGCAGAAUCUGAGCCAUUUGGCCAAUUAUUUUGGCCCAGUCCCUCCGCUCAGUGCGUCACCUUCCGAGAAAGAUCCUCGAGGGGCAACCGAACCUAUAAAAGGUCCUGCUCCAUUCGCCAGCAACCAGUACACUCCCGGGCGCUGGGAUCAGGCUGAGCACUCGGACUGGUCCCGACUGCAGCCCACACUAUCUCUCUCUCACACACACACACACGCACACACACACUGAAAAUGAGCCUUGUCUUAAACACCAGUUUGGAGAGGCACGAUGGUCUGAAUGGGUUGCCAGCUGACCAUCUGGCUGGAUUUGGGAUUAAGAAUGUCACCCAGGAGCAACCAGGAGCCGGGGACAGCGAUCUAGAUGUGAACACUGACAUCUAUUCCAAGGUGGUCGUCACUCUGCUGUACCUCGGCCUCUUCUUCCUUGGCUCGCUGGGAAACUCGAUCACUCUGCACACCCUGGUCAGGAAGAAGACUUUGCAGAACUUACAGAGCACCGUGCAUUACCACCUGGCCAGCCUGGCUUUCUCGGACCUCCUCACCCUGUUCCUGUGCAUGCCCAUCGAACUCUACAACUUCAUCUGGGUGCAUCACCCCUGGGCGUUCGGGGAUGCCAUCUGCCGGGGUUACUAUUUCCUCCGGGACGCCUGUACCUACGCCACAGCGUUCAAUAUCGCCAGCCUGAGCAUCGAGCGCUACUUGGCUAUCUGUCACCCAUUCAAAGCCAAGACCUUGAUGUCCACCAGUCGCACCAAGAAGCUCAUCUCCAUGAUCUGGCUCCUCUCAUUCCUGCUGGCCACCCCGAUGACAUUCACCAUGGGUGAAAAAUACGGGACCACAGACCCUGAUCCAAAUGAUUUGAUCUGCACCACUAUUGUGAACGAAUCGACUGUCAAAACAGUCAUCCAGGUGAAUGCAUUUCUCUCCUUUGUUAUACCCAUGGUAAUCAUUUCAGUCCUGAAUACAAUCAUCGCUAAUCAGCUAAUAGCGAUGUUCAAACAAGCAGCUCAAGAUGGCCAGGUAUGCACAAUUGAAGGACAGCAGACCACACUAAGCAUGUCAGUGGAGCCAAGCCGUGUCCAGUCUCUCCGACAUGGAGUCAAAGUUCUCAGGGCUGUAGUCAUUGCCUUUGUUGUCUGCUGGCUCCCAUAUCACAUACGCCGACUUAUGUUCUGUUAUGUCCCCAAGCAUCGCUGGACAGGAUGCUGCCUGACUUGAGUAUUUACAGCAUUUUCUAUUUUUAUUUAACUACUGUACUUCCCUGGAACUUACUGACAUCAUUUUGUGUUGAUGCAAAAAGGAUGAAAAUAAGUGAUUCAAACCAUGAUGGGAAAAUAGAGAUAUCAUCAAAGCAACACUCAAAAAAUGAGCAAAUGCAGCCAGUAAACCAAAAUGAGAACAAAAUCUACAACUUCCUUGCUCUGUGCACGUGCAAUCAUACACAUAACUAUAAGUACAUUAACACAUAUGUGCAUGCACACACACUCACAUGAGUCGGAUUGAGUUAACAGUCAGAAUGUUUUAAGUAAUCACAAUUUUACAGCUUAUUAAUAAAACGAAUAGAUGGAAUGCCUGCAAUUUACUUCAAUUCAUUCACUGUGAUUGUUCCUGACAACUAGGCACAUUAGGUCAACCACCAAUGAUUGAGUGUUAUGUAAGGCAAAUUUGGCAUUAGACAACUGUUGCUUUCAGUAUCGUCACUCUAUUCCAAUGUGAAUCCUUUUUAUUUUAUUCUCCUAUAUUCAACAUAACCUCAAAAAUGUGUAAUAUUAUGUGUCUGAAUGUAAGCUUGUUCCUGCAUGUUUGGAUAGAUUACAACAUGCAAACAACAAUGUAUGCCUACUCCAUAUUGUGCCAAGCAAUUAAUAACCUGAGAGUGGAACUAUCCUUCAAUAGCAUUGUCCUUCCUUUCAGAAGGAAGUGAUAUAAAUCAUAAAAGUACAUAUUGAUUCAUAUUUUUUGCAAAUGAUGAAAUGACAUUCCUGAGACAGUUUCUGUAAAGAGUAACCUGCCAUAGAAAUGAUAUCAUAACAUUGCAUCGGUGUAAAUUUGUUACAGUGAUUUUGCUGCAAUGGAGUUAAUCAUUGAAGUCUUAUGACAGGUAUCGGCUAUGUAUAGUAGAUCUUCUCCAUAUGUCUCCUUUUUGGGAACAUUUACAAAGCUUUUUGUGAGCAGAUUGUUUGCAUUUUGGAAUUGCAUAUAUAUUUCCAGUGUUUACAAAGAAACUUUCAGGUUUUGAUUAACUGAAGCCAAAAGUUAGCUUUCUAAUAUAAAGGCUUUUCUAAACUGUGUGUGUGUUAGGUCAGGAUUCUUGUUAGACUGUCUGUGCUAUAGAUUGUAUGUAAAACAUGACUAGAUCUUUAAAAAAAACAUGUUCAGCAAUGGCUAGUGCAAUGAAUGUUUGAAAGUACAGAUGUUGUUCAGUGUAUCAGUAUUUUCAGAUUGAUAUUUAUCUGUUAAGUCUACGUUUGGUCUAAUAUAGUGUUAAGCAUUGUUCAACUUACAAUGUUAUGCUCUGUUAAUGUUUUUUAUGGCUGUCAAUGUGUGAGUUUCCGCUGUCUGUAUUUACUGAUUCUUUUGACCCUUUAAAUUCACAAGAUAUACAAAUCAGUUCCCAAGAAAUAACUACACAAAGUUCUGGCUUACACAUUGCUUUACUUGUAAUAUUGGUUACCAAUGAUAUGAGUUUUAAGUUAGCAGUAGGUAUUAAAGAGAACAAUAAAGUUUCA